AUGGCGGCUCAGCCAUCAGGGCAUCGUUCGGAUCACAGUGAAGAGCCCGCCCCUUCGGCCAACAAGAGACGGCGCAUUGGUCUGGCUUGCAACGCGUGUCGCACUCGCAAAUCCAGGUGUGAUGGACAACGACCUUCAUGUUCAUCCUGCGUCUCGCUCGACUUCGAUUGUCAAUAUGAGUCGAGCGAGUCGGCUACAAAUGUGAUUGUCCGCAAGGACUAUAUGUCUGAUUUGCAAAACCGCAUGGCCGUCAUGGAGCGCUCUUUACAGCGACUCAAUGACGUGCUCAAGGGACAUCUCACGCCUUGUGUUGACAACCACUUGAGUGGCUCUGCCAGGCUCUCGCAUCACCAUGUCUCCCCACUUGCGGAUCCUGUCAAUGAUCAGAAUCACACUCGUGUCACUGGGCUAGAAGAACCGCAAGAUGAAGACGCGGCCACGAACGGUAUGGCUAUGAUCUUUGUAGAGGAGAAUACCUCGGCGUUCUUCGGCGAGUCUUCCAACAUCAACUUCACGCAACUCCUUUUCAGAGCUGUUGGUACUAUUCGUCACUCUGAUACAACCGCUCUUGGGGCCAGUGACAACUUCAGCGUUGUCGAUGGCGGCAACACCGCAAACGUCAGUCAUACUCAGUCGCAUGCGAACAUGGCAGCCUCAUCUUCAUCAGAUUCGUCGAUCACCUUUCUCCCAACGGUCGUGGAGAUGGAUAGCUUAUUGGACUUAUACUUCAACACAGUCGGCGUAGUCUUUCCUUUCAUUCACGAAGAGACGACCAGGAAGAUCUACGCCGAGUGUUUGGCGACCGGGUUCACCAGAGUUCGAAGAACUUGGCUAGGCACUCUGAACACAAUGUUCGCCAUGGCAACUAUGCUCGACCGAGACAACUUCCCGUCAGCGAAGAAGCGUUUCGAAGCUUCAGAAGUGUUUUACCGCCGGGCGAUCGGUCUUUGUGGCGAGCUCUCGAAACAUGUCAUUAGCUUAGAAAUUGUCCAUUACUUGCUCUUGGUUGUCCUCUACUGUCAGGGCACUCAGCGCUCGGUACAAGCGUGGAACAUCCAUGGACUUCUCACACGCUCAGCAAUGGCACUGGGUCUACAUAGCACCGUGGCUGGUAUGCAUCUAUAUCCCGUACAGGAAGAAUAUCGGCGCCGGACCUGGAUUGUCAUCUACUGCAUGGACAAAGUACUGAGCGUGGCUUUCGGACGACCAGCUGGAAUACCAGACGAACAAGCCGUCAAUCGGCAACCAUCCUCGAGGCUGUACAAGAGUCCAUUGAUUCAGGAGAACGGGGCAGAUAUCCCGGGCGACUUCCUUGCUGUCUCCUUCGAGCUGUACCAAAUAAUGAGUAAAUGCUUGGUCAAACUGUACUCUGCCAAUGUUGAGCAUAAGGACCGUGAUCCAGACGACUUGACCGCUCUUCAAGCUUCCAUGGAGUUUCGCAAGACUCUUCGUGUGUGGGCAGCAAGUCUGCCGCCUUAUCUUGCUCUUUGCGAGCCACAGUCUGAGAUACUUGCCCUAUACACCCCUGUCAAUCGACUGCGUGUCAUACUCACGCUGCGAUACCACAACCUCAAUAUACUCAUUCACAGGCCGUUGCUCAGUACUACAAUAGGUCACCUCUUUGGAACGAACAGCGAAACAGCUAACGAUCCAUCCUACUUCGUUCAGCUGGCGAUGGCUGAAGCUCAGGAAUGUAUCAAAUCAGCGGAGAGCACCAUUGAGAUUGCAUAUGCCAUACUCACUGCUGGUCCGACAGUCAAAAACAACCUUGGAGUCUGGUACUUCUCGCUAUAUUAUGUGUUCACUGCAUCUCUGGUCAUCAGCGCACGCUUGCUGUGGAUCCAACACGAGGGCAAGCCAGUGGAUUUCACCGCUCUGGAUCAUUCGAAGAAGCUGCUCAAAAAGACAGAGACGAUAUUUCAGAACUUGGAUCAUGAUAACAGUCUGGUGCUCAGCUGCUGGAAGUACAUUCACCAGCUUUCAGUCAUGUGUAGUUUCCGCGAGUGGCCAGAUGCGUCUCGGGAUGCUGAAGUGGCGGAUCCCUUCGCAACUAUACCACUCGAUGCAAGCGACCUCGAAGUCUACCAGCUUUUCGCAUCAGAGAUGUUUGAUCCGUCGAUUUUCGAAAACAACACAUAUGCAGCAGCGAAUCUCAACUGCUUGACCUUCCAGAUACACAUCAUGAGCGAAACGACCCCGACCUCACUCACUCAGCUGCCUGAAGAGUCCAAUCGUCGCCAAUACAGCAAACCCGAAUUACUUGAUUACUUCUCGCGGAUCAACCUUCCUGAGCAACGAUACAAAAACGUUCUCUCGGAUGCAUCCCUUGCCAAGACCAAGGAGCAAGGCUUCCCCUUGCUAGAAGCACUAUGCCGCCACCACACUUGCAAUGUGCCAUUUGAGAAUCUUAUAUUGCACUACUCAGCCAACAAAAAAGUGACACUUGACUUGUCUGAACUCUACACUUGGUUCGUCAAGAAGCGCCGUGGCGGUCGAUGCAUGGAGAACAACAGUUUCUUCGCAACGAUCUUGCGCUCGCUCGGUUACCAAGUCCGCAACUGCGGUGGUCGUGUAUCGAGAGCCAUGAGUCCCUACCCGGAUGUUCGUCAAAACCAAGCCGCAACCUACGACGGACUGAAUCAUAUGCUCAACCUUGUCCGCUUUGAUGACGACGGCUGGUACGUGGUCGAUGUGGGCAUGGGAGCCAUGGGACCAAACCUGCCGUAUCCACUACGCGACAACUACGAAACCACCAGUAUCGCACCUAGGAAGAUUCGCAUCCAGCAAAGAGCCAUUUCUGAGUCAUAUGCAAGCGGACUAGAUGCACCAAAUAUGUGGUGCUACGAUGUGUGUUACGACCCUUCUCGCGGAGCAGACAACAAGUGGAUUCCUACAUACUGCUUUACCGAGACUGAGUUCUUACCUCAAGACUAUGAAGUCAUGUCUUGGUUUACAUCGACACAUAGCAAUUCGUUCUUCACUCGCAAUGUCACGGCUACGAAGAUGAUUAUGGAGCAGGAGAAGAUCGUGGGCAGUGUUACUUUGUUCAAGGAAACGAUCAGGGAGAGUGUCGGGGCUGAACGCAAUGUUGUCAAAGUCUGUACGACGGAAGACGAACGUGUGGAGUCACUGAGAGAGAUAUUCGGAAUUGAACUGAACAAGGAAGAAGUGAAUGGAGUUACUCCUGCUCUCCGAUUAACGUAG